CAGCUAAUUUCAUUGAAUUGAAAAAGAAAUGAAACGCUAGUAGUAAACAAGAGGCGAACUUUGCUAGUUAGGUUUUUAGUAUAUUAUCUACAGUUUACCCGGUAAUUUAGCGAUAAAAUCGUAGUUCUAAGACAUCAUAGCAUGCUGAAUACAGCGCUUGUAAUGAAAUCGCUUGGAGCGAUCUCCUACUGUUUACUGCUGUCAAUAUAUCUGGAAUAUGCUUCUGCCCAAAGAAUCAAGGAUGACAUGUAUACCCCAAUCAGCGGGGCGCAUUGUUUCCGCCGGUUGAACGGAACUCACGUCACUGGUUGCAGUUCACAGCUCGGUGGAUCCGUCGGUGUGCUGCACUUUAUUCGAUCGGCGACCGAUAUCGAUUUUAUCACCGAACAACACCCGGCUCCACCGUAUGCUCCCGUAAUUCCGCCACAUCUGUUCACGCGAGACAACAUUCUGCAGCUGCGAGACCGCGGUGGACGGCAUGUUUCGGCAGUUAUCUUGAUAAACAAUGCCACUUUGCUGGACCAUUACAGCCAGGAAUCGCGUUGUCCCAAUCAAUUCAGCAGUUUAAUGGCAUCAGGGGAGGAAAACGUGUGCAAUGUAGCGAAUGCGGACAGUAGUUGGAAUCCCUGGGGUACGGGACUGCUGCUGGAAGAUUUUCCGUUUCCGAUUUAUUACGUUGCAGACCCCGAUGAGAUUUCAAAAUUAUAUGAUUGUUUCGAGAAAUUUAACAAUUUUGAGCUGGAGAAUCAACACCAGAGAAGUUUGUGCAGUAUCCAGGUAAACGCGUUCAUGUCUGCUUCUGUGGAUUCUCGGGUUUGCUUGGCUCGGUCGACAUUCUUCAACUCCUUGAAUCCGGUCAAGUUCUGUGAUCCUUUGCAGGGAAAGAAUGUGUUUGCAUCACUUUUUCCAAGAGAUCAGGUCAAAAUUGACGAUCGCUCUGUAGAUACCAAAGAAAGAAUCAUCCUCGUGUCUACAAGAAUGGAUACAACAACGAUGUUUGACGGCAUCGGCCUUGGAGCAAUGGGUUCAUUGAUUCCGUUUACGAUUCUGAUGUCGAUUGCCCAUUUCCUUGCCAAGGUACUGCCGAAUCGUGUGAAUCCCACUGACCCAAACGUACUGUUUGUUUUCUUCAACGGGGAAGCAUAUGAUUACAUCGGUUCGCAGCGUUUCGUAUAUGAUUUGCAGAAAGGAGCAUUCCCCACAAAAGGCGGUAUGACCAAUCCGAUUGCCAUGGAAAAUAUCGAUCUGAUGAUCGAUUUGGGCACAAUCGAUAAUCUGAACCAUCUCAAAAUUUAUCACGCCUCUCAAAUACGGGUUCUUCCUAAAAUGGUUCAGCUGAUUCAGCAAAUUAAUAGCUCUUUUCGGUUCAACAUCACGGCCGAUAGACCGAUACUGACAAAAAAUUUACCUCCUGUAUCAUCGAAUUCAUUCCUGCGCGAGAACGUUUCUUUUCCGUCGGUGAUUUUUACAUCGACCGCCGAAAAUCGCUUCUACCAUUCUAUUUACGAUGACAAUGAAAAUCUAAAAUUCGUGUAUGGAAACCACUCGAACGGAACUGACUUCACACAACUAGAGGAUCUGACGCAGCGAAGUCAACUGUUUACGGACGAUUCUAUCCAAAUUCGCAUCCGAAACGUUUCGGCUCUGUUGGGAAUGACCAUUUUCGAACUGAUCACUGGAACAUCGUACACCGCUCGUUUCGGCCCCAACAGUGUCCUCAUCGAUGAGUUUCUGUACUGCUUCCUGCACUCAGCCGACUGUCCACUAUUCCAUGCAGCUGCCAAACCGGAUUCUCCUAAAGCGUUUCCUGUCCCGCCAACUCGCUAUAUUAGUGUUCAUUCGACCCUUCCGUCAGAAGCCUCCGGAUGGAUCCAUCGGCUUCUCGGUUUACUGGUAGGUCAGAAAGUGGAAAAAAGCACCAAAGCGGAAUGUCAAGCAAUGCAUCUGCCAUACAACUGGUAUGCCGGUUAUUCCGGUCUGGGAGAGUGCCAUCUGACCACUCAGAACUUCACGCAGGCUAUGUCGCCAGCUUUCCUGGACAACAACUAUGACUUCGCCUCCGGGCGCUACUCCACCUGGACCGAAUCAACGUGGCGUGAAAUGUCGGCAAGGAUAUUUGUUCGUCCUUCCGCAUCCCACGAAACACUAACCCUGUCCGUGGGGUUCAUCGUGAUGGCGAUCUCGUUCGUGAUGGUGUUUCUAAUCAACAGCCGUUCCGAUGUACUGUUCAAUCAGAACGCUUCGACAAUUCCAAUUACUCCACCAACGCAGUGCUGAGCGCGUUUGUUCCAGAGACUGUUUCACCUAGCAAUAAAUCUGUAUUAAGCUUAAUCAAUUCUGAGCACCUGACUGGCGAAUUGUUUUAUUCACACGCACUCGGAUCUGAGCGUUAAUACUAAUUUAGUUUUUUUUUGUUAAUUUAUAAUUCCGCAGCCGACGAAAUUAGGAAGCAAGUAAAACAGUAUGAAAUAAAUUAUUAACCUAAAUAAA